AUGACCAAAGCAGACCCCACCACGCAAGCGGAUAUUGCCAUUCGGGCAAUUCGGUGUGCCGCUGAACACCGUCAAUGGGAAGAAGCUCUUGUACAUAUCUUUUAUUUAGAACUUAUAAGCUCUUUGGACAUCUCGGCAUUGAGCACAUGUAUUGCACCCAAUAGACCACUCUCACAAAAAUUCGCCAAUUAUCCAGUGAUGAUUUUGAGGCCUUAUUGGAGUAAUCUUGCUCUUGGAACUCGCAAAUAA